GUUUGGUUGAGCUCUUGGCCAAUUUUAAAACAGACACAAAUACAAAUACAAACAGAAGAGAAUAGCAGAGAAGAGAACAUGAAGCCGACAUCAGUUAAGAGGAAUCAGCAUCAGAGAAGCAGCAUCUUAGGGAACAACAGACGACAGAAGCAACACAGCCGACUAUCCAAUUCGAGGCGUGCACAUAUCACCAAACGCACCUCAAGGCCAGUUGCAGUCGUGUUGCCCUGUGCAACAUCUGCCGAUAGAGCUCAGCAAAACAACCAAUCACAAUCUACGUCUAAAUCAGCCAAUCACAACCAACAUCAGCAUACAACCACUAGAAAAAGAUCGCCGUCCACUAGUUCAAGUAGCCGCAGUCCGCACAGAACUGCGAAAGUGACGAAGCAGAUGCGGAAGCUGUUUCUGACCAAAAUUAAAACGAUACGAACCAAAGCUAAGCUGAACACUUCGAAACUGUUCGAGGAAAUCACGUGUGCAGUUUGUAGAUUCUCACACCAAGAUCCUUAUAAAAUAGUUCCGUGUGGUCAUUCGUUUUGCAACUGGUGUCUAACUGAAUGGCUCAAACAAAACGCCACGUGUCCAAUGUGUAGAUGCAAGCCGACACUUUUCAGAAAAGACCGGCAGGCUCGGGCUAAAGUAGAGUUCGUGUGCGGUCGGCUCUCAACUGAACGCCAGUUAGAAAUGGGCUACGGCAGACAGCUCUCAGAGCAGCAGUACUGUCUCGUGAGUCAUAAAAUGAGACUGGGGGAGUUCCUCAGUCUGGUGCCCCAGUCGGCGGCUAGUCGGAGAGAGGCGGAGGCGAGGAGGGAGGCGGAGUACCAGCAAUACGCCGUCCACGUGGAGCUCCUCACUUCCAGACUCCACAAUUUGAGAUCCCAGCAGGAGCAGCUGAUGCGUAGACGAAGGAGACAGAUCGAUUCGGUGCGCGAGAGAUUCGAGUCGGUGCUGGAAGCACUGGACCACCAGGAGGAGUUACUCACUCUGCAAUUGGAACAACAACAGCUCACCGUUUACUCAUAGUCGAAUUGAACAAAUCAAAUGGGGGGUUGAAUGAAAUAGGAAAACAAUCUAAUUCAAACUUCUAAUUUUGUCAGUCAUUUGGCAACUCAAGUUGGAAUUCGAAAUGUCUACUAUUCAAUUGUGUGCGCUGUUAUGUAAUAUGACGUGAAAUUAGUAAAGUGUGUAUAUUUAGAGGAAGUUUGCUUCUUUGCGGUUUCAAUUUUCUAUUGAGUGGCUCAACUGACUGGGACGCAGUUUAACAGCGUAUGAAAAUAUUUCUCGAAUUUUGAAAACUAAUGUAACCUAUUUCUCAUCUGUAAUAUUAUUGGUUGCUGUUCCAAACUAACAAUUCUACCAAUUAAUUCUGCCGUCACCCAAUUGCGAAUGAUUUGAGCUGCUUAAAUGGUGAGUUAAGAUCUAGUUUUCGAACCAAAUGAGCUAAACAUUUUAGAUUUGAGUAAAACUGUUUCUUCAAGUUCAACUUUUCAGCUGGGGAAAUUGCGUCUAACUUCGGUUGUUUUAUUACAUUUAGCCUCUUCUGCAAUAACUUCCAGUGCACAAUUGAUUAUAAUGAAAUGAAAUGAACACUAACUGUCAUAACUUAAACUACUACCAUUCAGUCAGAAUUGUGGGCGCAAUGCUAUUCUAAAUGCUAUUCUUUGUUUGUGAUUGGCGUGAAAUUGUUGUUUAAGUUGUGAGCACAUUCAGGUCUUUUUUGUUGUACGAUCCAAACUCGGUCAUUUACUUUUUCGAACAGUGAUUGAAUCGGAUUGGUUGAAAUUAAGGAAAACGAGAAAUAGUUUGUUAUAUAACCUGGGACCUUAGCUCAUCUAACUUUUUCUAGCUUAAAACCGUAUAACAGAGAACACCCACAGUUUGUACCAUAUGCAGUGAAUUUGGCCGAAUCGAUGUCGGCUGUCUUCGUUUUAUUUUUUCCACUCUUUAGUUCUCUUACAUUUUCAUUUCUCUGCUAUCCAACUACUACUACUAUUACCAUUAUUUGUGAUGCAUAUACACCGUUAAGUAGUUUCAGUUUCAUUUCAUAUAUUAUACAUAAGAUGAUAAAUUGCAAUACGACGUAUUAUUUAUAGUCUCCGUCUCGAAAAGAAGGGUAGUUUUCAGGUCCAAUCAGUUUAAAAUGAACUAUUCAAGACGGGCUUGACAAGUUUUGAUCCAUUUGCUAUUGUAUAAAUCAAUCCGAAUUGAAUU